GUUAAGGAGAAAGCCUCAGAGUAGAGCACAGUUGUAGGCCAACCGACGGCCGCAGUACCCGCAGCGCGCUAUUUGUGAUGUGAAAAAUUUUAUUUACUCACAUGAUAUUUUUCUGUAUACAGACAUGUUGGAAGGCAGCAAAUUAAAGAAACCGUCUCAAGUCGCGAGCAUAUUUGACAUCGCGAAGGAUACUGUCUUGUUUCUCGUACUGUCAUGUUACUACAUUCUCGAAUCUCUGUUUUGGACGUUGGUCCCGAACGCUAUCAGGCCUAUGAAGAGUCUCAAAGGAGAUGUAGUGCUCGUUACAGGUGGAGGGGGUGGAGUGGGCAAGCAGUUAGCUCUAAAGUUGGCUCGACUAGGUGCAAAGGUCGUAGUUUGGGAUAUAAAUGAAGAAGCAUUACGAAAAACAUGCAAUGCAGUUACAGAUGAAGGAUAUGAAAUAGCCAGCAAUGUUGUCGAUUUAGCAGAUCGGAAUGCAGUUUAUAAAGCAGCUGAAAAAGUAAAAAAAGAAGUAGGAAAAGUGGAUGUAUUAAUAAACAACGCGGGAGUUGUUUUUGGGGAAACUUUACUUGAGCUCAAUGAUAACGCAAUAGAAACCACGUAUAAAGUCAACAUCUUAUCCCAUUACUGGACGGUAAAAGCAUUUCUACCAGAUAUGAUAGAGACAGGAAAAGGUCACAUCGUUACUGUUGGAUCAGUGGCUGGUCUGUUGGGGACAUACCGGUGUACUGAUUAUAGCGCGACCAAAUUCGCAACUGUGGGCUUUCACGAGAGUCUAUUUACAGAAUUGAGGGCCCACGGCCACAACACAAUACAAGCGACGCUAGUAUGUCCAUACUAUAUAAACACGGGUAUGUUCGACGGAGUGACUCCGCGCUUAAUGCCAAUGCUGGAACCAGACUAUGUGGCGGAAACUAUGAUCGAUUCCAUACGAAAGAACGAGGUUAAUUGCAUCAUGCCUGGUUCAGUCAGAUAUCUACUGCCUCUUAAAUGCCUUCUCCCAGCAAAGAUGUGCUGGGACUUAAUGCAUAGAGUAAUGAAGGGGCCACAAUCAAUGAUGGAAUUGAAAAGGAAACCACAAGCUGCCUAACAUAAUCUUGGAGUUGAAAUAUAUCUCUCAUUAAAGUAUUUAAUUGGACAACAAUUCUAGUGUAUCUAUAUUAUUGCGUUAGGGUCACAGAUAACUAAAUGUUUGAGAGGAUGAAAUAAAGGAUAAGGUAGUUUUUUAUGUAUAUAUGAAGCAAAAUAAAUAAUAGAAUAUAAAAAUUCUAAGACUGAUGUCUUCUGAUCGAAUUAUUUCGUUAUAUGUCGUGUAGUUAUAAGGAUUUACUUUUAUAAUAAAAUAUGCAUUUUU